AUGACUUCCACUAGAGAUUCAAAUACAAUGCUUCAUUUAAAUUCGACUUCGAGUAAAACAGUUAAGGAGUAUGAUAGUCAAAAGAUUAACAAGAAACACUCCGUUGGGAGUGUAUGUAACAUUACAAGUCAGAAAAACAUAAAUGAAUUCAAAGAAAGUGCAAGUGACAGACAAACAAUAUUUACUUCAAUUGGUGCACACACAAAUCAAUCAAAUAUAUCUGGUUCAAAUGAAUAUCCACUAAAAGCUAGACGAUCGCUUUUAGACUGGGACAGCUUUAUAAAUCUACCUAAAAAACCACGAAGUCUGUCAUUAAAAACUGAUGAUCUACCUCGGCCGUUAGCUACAAAAACAACAGCUUUAGGGUCCCCAAUUAAAUUAACACAGGAGGGUGAUAGUCGUACAUUCCCUUGCUUAUCUCCUGUAAAAGCAAACGAAUUUAUCGGGAAUGUAAAGUUAGCACCUUUUAGGUGUAAUACUGAACAGGACAAACUACUUAUGAAUAGUGGCUAUUCGUCUUCCGAAGAAUAUCAUAGUCAAGGUGUCCAUGCUAAGAAAAAUACAUCAUCUGAUUUCAGCAGUCCGGAUUUCUUUUUAUCAGGUAUUGCAGUUGAAAAUCAUUCUAAACCCAGAAAACGAAGGUUGUCUCUUUCUAACACUGCCUCCAAUGCCUCCGAAGUAUCUUUAGAUCAGCUAGAUAUAAGUUCUCGAAGACGAAACAACAGACACAUUUUUAUUGAUACUCGUGACAGUAAAAAAAGGAAGUUGUCACCUUCAGUUCCGGUUCGCAGAAUGAAAGAGAUUUCGACAUGCACAACAGAAGAAGAUUUGUUCAGUGGCACACAAUCACCUGGUUCUGUUUUUAAUACCGAUAAUUCAAUACAUUUAAAAAAGGAGUCAAGUCACUCACUUUGUGACGCUUGUGAUCGCCAUGAAAAUCAUAUAUUUACUGAAGGUAACUCAUCACAAAUAUUAUUGGAUUCAAUCAAACCCAGUGGAAGUGAGUCGUUAACUUUAAAAGCAAUUGACGAAUGUCAACAAAAUCACUCAUCGACUCGAGAUUCGUUCGCAGCCAUUCAUGUUGCAAAACAACGACCAUCUUUAAGAGUAAAAAAUCCAUCUAAACUAUCGAAGCCUGCAAAGGAGGAGCUUAUUUCAACUCAAAAUCAAAGUGAUUCGUCUAACAAAUCCAUUUUCCGAUGUUUGUAUUGCACACGUCCAUUCUCUGAAAGACGAUACCAAUCAAAACAUAUGAUUGUUUGUCAGUUGGCUCCAAAAUACUCAACAAAGAAGAAAUUAUAUGAAAUUAGUCAAACUUGUCAGUCUUCAUUGAUUUCAUCAGGAAGUCCUAAUGUAGUUAAUAAUGUCGAUGAAGAGAUAUCAAUAAGUAAUGGAGUUAUAUGUCAAGCAAAUCAGAAUCUUCAAUGUGGCCGUUCGGGAGAAAGGAGAAAUACUAACAAUCCAAAUCUGAACCAUGGUAUUAAUUCAAAAGCGAUCACUUCUUUUGUGUCGACUAUUACUAAUCCACUUACGGAUUCGGAUAAUUUAUUGAAAACAAAUCAUAAUUUCUGUACUACUACUAAUACUACUACCACAUUGGAUUCUAAUGAUGUAGUCACAAAAAUUUCAGAAAAUAAUUUAUCUUCUAAUAAUAAUAAUAAACCAUAUGAAUCUGAGGAAGAUAUUUGGCGAAAUUACAGACCCUCUUACAAUGGACCUUAUACAUGUUCAUUUUGUAAUCGUGUAAUCCAUAAUCGUUCGAAUUUUUCUAGGCAUUUGACCAGUUGUAAGGCUAGAAUUUCACUAAGUACAUGUGGUACUCCGAAAUCAGAGCCAUCGGUGCAGAGAAAUAAACGUAGAUUUCAUUUUUCCUUUACGCCUACUCACAAAACAACACCAAAGUCAAAGAAUUUAAGGAACCAAUUAUUUAAAAGUGGAAUGUUGAGCACUAAGUUAAAUAAGGUUAAUCACCGACAUUUGAAUACUGAUACACACAAUGGUGAAAUGUUAAUGCACUCAGGUGAAGAAUCACUGGACGCUCUUAGUUUUUCUACGUUAGACAAGAAUGUGACGUCUUUGAUAAAUUCAGAAGACUCACAACACGAUUGCGCAGACGAAUGUUCGAUUUCAGCUGAAUGUCAUCAGAAUAGUCCCCGUGAAGAGGAACAGAAGAAUUGGAUGUCUCGGUCGACGAGUGAACUGGAGUCUCCAGGAGUAACGACAGAAACGGCAGUAGUGAUAACGACGACGCCAACAAAAGCAGCAAUGACGACAACAAGUGAACAAGAUGUUUUGAGUACAAGUCCGACUGCAUCUGUUUUCAAAUGUAACAUGUGUUCAUCGAGUUAUCGUCAUAGAGCGUCACUUUUACGUCAUGCACGUAAUACGAAUCAUGAGGUGAAACUGAUUAGAACUCGUAACAGAACAGCGAAUGGUGUGAAGAGCGAAUCUCCUAUGAAGGAAUCAGAGGAGUGUUUGGAUGAUAGUGGAUGCAUGAAGAAUGCGAUAUUAUCGGAUUUGGCGUCAAAAGAAAGUGUAGAAUCGGUGACAUUAGAUUCUGGUGUUGUUGAGAAUGAGAAGAAUGCCGAGGUAGUUGCUGAGGUUAAUCACCGACAUUUGAAUACUGAUACACACAAUGGUGAAAUGUUAAUGCACUCAGGUGAAGAAUCACUGGACGCUCUUAGUUUUUCUACGUUAGACAAGAAUGUGACGUCUUUGAUAAAUUCAGAAGACUCACAACACGAUUGCGCAGACGAAUGUUCGAUUUCAGCUGAAUGUCAUCAGAAUAGUCCCCGUGAAGAGGAACAGAAGAAUUGGAUGUCUCGGUCGACGAGUGAACUGGAGUCUCCAGGAGUAACGACAGAAACGGCAGUAGUGAUAACGACGACGCCAACAAAAGCAGCAAUGACGACAACAAGUGAACAAGAUGUUUUGAGUACAAGUCCGACUGCAUCUGUUUUCAAAUGUAACAUGUGUUCAUCGAGUUAUCGUCAUAGAGCGUCACUUUUACGUCAUGCACGUAAUACGAAUCAUGAGGUGAAACUGAUUAGAACUCGUAACAGAACAGCGAAUGGUGUGAAGAGCGAAUCUCCUAUGAAGGAAUCAGAGGAGUGUUUGGAUGAUAGUGGAUGCAUGAAGAAUGCGAUAUUAUCGGAUUUGGCGUCAAAAGAAAGUGUAGAAUCGGUGACAUUAGAUUCUGGUGUUGUUGAGAAUGAGAAGAAUGCCGAGGUAGUUGCUGAGGUUAAUCACCGACAUUUGAAUACUGAUACACACAAUGGUGAAAUGUUAAUGCACUCAGGUGAAGAAUCACUGGACGCUCUUAGUUUUUCUACGUUAGACAAGAAUGUGACGUCUUUGAUAAAUUCAGAAGACUCACAACACGAUUGCGCAGACGAAUGUUCGAUUUCAGCUGAAUGUCAUCAGAAUAGUCCCCGUGAAGAGGAACAGAAGAAUUGGAUGUCUCGGUCGACGAGUGAACUGGAGUCUCCAGGAGUAACGACAGAAACGGCAGUAGUGAUAACGACGACGCCAACAAAAGCAGCAAUGACGACAACAAGUGAACAAGAUGUUUUGAGUACAAGUCCGACUGCAUCUGUUUUCAAAUGUAACAUGUGUUCAUCGAGUUAUCGUCAUAGAGCGUCACUUUUACGUCAUGCACGUAAUACGAAUCAUGAGGUGAAACUGAUUAGAACUCGUAACAGAACAGCGAAUGGUGUGAAGAGCGAAUCUCCUAUGAAGGAAUCAGAGGAGUGUUUGGAUGAUAGUGGAUGCAUGAAGAAUGCGAUAUUAUCGGAUUUGGCGUCAAAAGAAAGUGUAGAAUCGGUGACAUUAGAUUCUGGUGUUGUUGAGAAUGAGAAGAAUGCCGAGGUAGUUGCUGAGAAGAUGAAACAAACUUCUGAAAUUCAUUCAUCAUCCAGUAGUUCUUCUGUACUGACGACUAAAAAGCCUUAUUCCCUCAGUCUACGAAGUCGUAGACUAUCAGUACAAUCUAAUCAAAGUAUGCAGAAUACGGAAACUGCAUUUAAUACAUCAAAGUUAAAUAGGAGAAAAAAUAGAUCCGUUUCUCCAUAUUCCAUUCGUCAUCCACGUAUCGAAGAAGAAAUAUCCAAAUGUAGUCGUCGAUCAUCAGUGUCUACACAGUCUUUAAGUGAUAAUACUCUAAUUGAUGAUGUUAAAUCUGUCAUUUCAAAUGCAACAACUAUUCCAGCAUUUGAUUAUAAUCAUAAAUCCUCAUUAUCUUCCAAUGUGUUCAGUUGUUCAUGGUGUAAUCGUUCUGGAUUUAAGUGUUUACGCUAUCUUCAAAUACAUCGUGCACGUUGUUCAUCUCGGCCAGAUCGAUUAAAUCAACAAAAAUCUAUUUUAUCAACAAAUAAUACAUCACAAAUUCAAAAUUCUGUGAUUUGUGAACAAUGCAAUCGUGAAUUUCGAUCAAGAACUGGUGUAAAAGUUCACCAAACUCUAAUGCAUCCCAAUAAUAAUAAUAAUAAUAAAUUAUUAAUUCAUAAAAAUCAAUUGUCUAAUAAUAAUAAUAAUAAUAGUAAUAAUAAUAAUAAUAAUAUGUCAACCCAAUCUAUUGCUUGUCCCGGUUGUUCAUAUAAUUCACCAUUGUUUGACUCAACUGAAAAAUUAUUAAAACAUUUAUUAACAUUAAAAUCAACUAGUACCAGUCAUAAUCAUAAUCAUCAUCAUAAUCAUCAUACAAAUCGUAGUCAAUAUUGGCCAAGUGUAUUAUCCGUGCCUAAUUUAGGUUAUGGUUGUCAUAUAUGUGGAUUAUUACUUGCUUCGGAAUCACGUUUAGAUAAACAUAAAAAAGCUGUUCAUGAAGUAUGGCUAUUUCAAGAACAACAAAAUCUUAGUCCUAGUAAAAAAUUACCUUCUACUUAAUUCAUAAAUCAAUUUUUCGUUUGAAUUGUCUCUUAUUCUUGUAAAUAAUCAACUCACUGUAACUUUAUGUCAUCAUAACAUGAAUGUGAAUGUCAAUCUGUUUUUUUUUUCUCACCCUUAUUUUUUUUUUACCUUUCACAAAUUUCUAUUUAUUGUAAAUUAAUCAUCACAUACAGACGUCAACUACUACUACUACUACUGAUUAGGCAAGCACUAUUCAAUUGUAAAAUCUCUCUCUCUUUUCAUUUGUAAUUGAUCUUAAUUUAUUCAAUCUAUUUCUAGAAUUUAACAUGUACCGUUUCUACUUCUGUUUUUUUCUAAGAAUACAAAAAAGAAAUCUAUUUAUUUAACUUAAUUUUUUCUAAAUAUCUCCCUAUCAAUUAAUGUAUUAUUGGAUAAGAUUAGUUUUGGUUUUUUUAAAAUUAAAAAAAGUUUGUAUAUUCAAAUUUGAACUCAGUCAUUCAACUAUGUGUAACACACUGCAUUUUUUCUCUCUCUUCAUAAACUUACCUAUCAUCUUUGAACAAUAGACAACAAUUCUCUCUCGGUUUUUAUAUCAUACACAUUCAAAUGUAUAUUUGUCCAAUUGGAAUGAUUAUUUCUUCUUCUUCUUCUUGAUUAGUACUGCUAUCAUUACUUAAGGAUUCUAUGGUGUACAGUUUAUAGCGUUUUUGCCCCUUGUUCUAUUUCGAGACCACCGUUAAAUUGUAAACUAUUGGAAUGACGAUCAAAAAAAAAAUCUGGGGGCAGAGCUUUGUUUUCGAUUAGGAUUUUUAAAAAAAUGAAUAAAUCGUUUUCUUUUUUUUUAUUUGUAUGAAAAUAAUUCAUAUCUAAUUAGUCGCUCUUUAUUGUUUGUUAUGCAAUGUCCAGGGGGGGAUAUGUGUAAAUACAAACUCAAUUUUUAGGUUUGUGUUUCAAUUAUUCGUUUUUUUUUAUUCGUCUUCUUUGUUUUUACUUAUUCCUUUAAUUUUUUUAAUGUGUAGUGUCAGUUUCUAUUCUGCUUUUUUUUAUGUGUAAAAGAGAAUGAAUCUUUUGCUAAUAAAGAAAACUGCUUAUUUUCGAAUUAGAUUAUAUUUCUAAGUGUCGUAAAAAAAAUUAAUAGUAUGUAUUUAUAAAUAUAAAAUAAUGAAUUGUGUGA